AUGAUUUUUAAGAUACUCAUUACUUUUUUCUUAUAUUGGAUAUAUUUAGUUAGAGUAAGAUGUGAAACGGUGCCAGUAGACUUUGAGAAUAAUGAUUAUUAUCAUUUUCAUUUCUCAGAAGAUGUUGAUAUUGAAGAGUUUUCGCGGGCGAUAGGAUUCAAAUAUCAUAUGAAAGUAGAUCAUCUGGAUAACCACCAUAUAUUUUUUAUAGAAAAGGGUGUUUUAGAAGACGAAAUUAAAGAAAAAAUUGAGAAUUAUUUCGGUUUAGAAAAAGGAAGAAAUGCAAUAAAUGGGUUUAAUAGUGACAAGCUUUUUUAUUAUGAGAAACAGAAAUUGGUCAAGCAAGAAAACAGGGGUGCGAUAAGAGACGAUAUAUAUUUUGAUAACCAAGAUCUUUAUAAUGAUGAAGUUGUCAAUAAUGUUGUAAAAGAUCCGACGGGAGAUGAUCAGGCGGUAAAUUCAACGGAAGAACAGGCGGUAAAUUCAACGGAAGAUCAGGCAGAAAACCCGACGGAAGAUCUAACACAGAAGUUAAAGGAAAUUAAAAAACAAUUAAAUAUAACUGACCCUUGUUUUGAUAAACAAUGGUAUUUGUUUAAUACGGAAAAACCUGGUGUAGAUAUAAAUGUUACAGGUGUAUGGUUACAAGGGAUAACGGGAAAAAAUGUAACAGUUGCCAUUGCAGAUAAUGGCAUAGAUUAUUGUAACCAGGAUUUGGCUCCAAAUUAUAAUUCCGAGGGUUCAUAUAAUUUUCAUGCUGGAAAUUCCGACCCAAAACCUGAGAAGCCUGAUGAAAGUCAUGGUACUAAAUGCGCAGGAGAAGUGGCGGCCGCCAGGAAUGAUCUUUGUGGGCUUGGUGUUGCAUAUGAAUCUAAGAUUUCAGGAUUACGAUUUAUGACUUCUCCUUAUGCGCUUCUUCUUGAGGGAGAAGCUCUUAAAUAUGAACCGAAUCUUAAUCAUAUUUAUUCUUGUAGCUGGGGACCUCCUGAUUAUGGAUAUGUAGCUAUGCCAAUGAUGCCUACUACUUAUUCUGCAAUUAUUAAAGGGAUAAAAGAAGGAAGGAACGGUCUUGGCUCUAUAUAUGUUUUUGGAAGCGGAAAUGGUGGAUUAUUGGAUGAUUGUAAUUACGAUGGAUAUGCAAAUAGUCCAUAUACUGUUACUAUCGCUGCUAUAGAUGCAGAAGAUAAAAAAUUUGAUACUUCAGAGUCAUGUCCUUGCAUUUUGGCUUCUACAUAUUCUGGCGGAGAAAAUGGAUCUAUUUAUACUACGGAUCUUGGUAAGACAAAUUGCACUACUCAACAUUCUGGAACUUCUGCUUCUACAGCGAUUGCUGCGGGUAUUAUUGCUCUUGUUCUUUCAGUGAAUCCUAAUCUUACAUGGCGUGAUGUUCAAGCUUUGAUUGUGGAAACAGCUGUUCCAUUUAGAUUGAAGUAUUAUGAUUGGGAUGAACUUCCUUCUAAACGUUAUUAUAAUAAUUAUUUUGGUUAUGGAAAACUAGAUGCAUAUAGAAUGGUCGAAAGAGCAAGAACAUUUGAAACAUUAAAUGCUCAGACAAUGUUUUCAACUCGACUAAUACAAGUUAAUAUGAAAUUUCCUGAACCCAGUAGACGUAUCAAGAGCAGUUUUUAUAUUCAUCGUGGAUAUCCUGAGCAUUAUAACUUUAAAAAUUUGGAAUAUGUUGGUGUUUCAUUUUAUUAUCGACACCGAACAAGAGGUUAUCUGCAGUUUAAAAUUACCAGUCCAUCUGGAGUUACUUCACUAUUAGCACGUGUACGUAUUCGUGAUAAUGAAAGUGGCUAUUUUUCUUGGAUUUUUACGACUGUAAAGCAUUGGGGAGAACCCAUUGUAGGUACCUGGACUAUCGAUGUUACAGAUAAAAAUAACUGGAAUGAACAAGGUUAUAUUUUUAAUUGGCAACUUCAUUUUUUCGGAGAGUCUAUUAAUUCAAGUAAAGCACUACCUCCUCCAUAUCCUUUUGUGCAUAAACAACCAACUACUAUGCCUCCGCCAGAACCAACUACUACGCUUCCAUCAGAUCUAGAUGCUAACCCUCAACCUCAACCAGAUCCUGGGUCUCCGCCUUCAUCAGAUCCUGAGUCUCCGCCUUCAUCAGAUCCUGAGUCUCCGCCUUCAUCAGAUCCUGGGUCUCCGCCUUCAUCAGAUCCUGAGUCUCCGCCUUCAUCAGAACCUGGGUAUCAACCUCCAUCAGAACCUCCGCCUCAGCCUCCAUUAGAUCCUCGGCCUCCAUCAAAACCAGAUCCUAACCCUCCAUCAGAUCCUAGCUCUCAGCAAGAUCCAGAUACUUCGCUUUCAUCAAAUCCAACUUCUACAUCUUCAUCAGAACCACCACCACCGCCACCACCACCUGCACCUGCACCACCUGCACCUGCACCACCUCCACCACCUGCACCUGCACCACCUCCACCACCGCCGCCACCACCACCUCGGCCGGAACCAGAACCAGAACCAGAACCAGAACCAGAACCAGAACCAGAACCAGAACCAGAACCAGAACCAGAACCAGAACCAGAACCAGAGCCACGCCAGAGCCACCUGCACCUCCACCUCCACUUCCACCUGCACCUGCACCACCUCGACCACCGGAACAAAAACCAACAUCAAUAA